ACAACACGGCACGUGUAUACGACUUGCGCGACGCCAAAUGGAACGCGAUCAUUAACAAUGGCUCUGGCGGCAUGGGCAAGAACGUGCACCUCGAAUUUGGCGCAAAUGAAGACGAGGUCAUUGCGUGGAGCGACUUUGGAGCUUGCGCAAAAGUUUGGUGCCUAACUUCUGGGAGAGCAAUCGAGAUUCGGGAUCCGAAGUUUUCCGGCAAGGAAGGCAAAGGAUGGGGUUUCAGACCCUCCGGCAGUGAGCGAGCAGGAAGAGGAGGCGCUAUGGCUCUGCUGUGUCGAACGUCAGGCAUGGAUGUCUUGAUGCUGAUUGCGCCGCGCACUUAUACACUCAUCAACCGAAUUGAACUGCCUACGAUCGAUGCGGCGGGGCUGAAAUGGAGUCGUGAUGGUCGCUGGAUCGCAAUUUGGGAUGCGCCGUCGACGGGAUACAAUCUGUACAUUUAUACCGCCGACGGGCAUCUUUACCGCACGAUCACUCGCGAAUCGACGAAUGAUGCUAGUGAAUGGGGCGUAGAGGGUUUGGGGAUCAAGAGCGUGGAGUGGGUGCCUGGUACAGAAUGGCUGGCAGUGAGCGGCUGGGACCGUAGGGUGCGCAUUCUGUCGACACGAACAUUCGCGCCUGUUGUCUUCCUGGAUCAUACCGCUUCAAUUGAUGUCCCUGGCGCACCUGUUUUCUCUGAGCAGGUCGACGGGCAAGCGAACAGGACAUACACGAUCACGCCACAGCCCGUCACCCCGCCGAAAGCACCACUGGAGAAAAACGAGACAAGUCUUAUGAAGCAAGGCAUCAGCAUUCUCGCCUUCAACAGCGACGGCACAUUAUGCGCAACAAGGGACGACUCGACACCAAGCACACCAGCCACAGCCCUGCCAACGAAGUGGACAAUAUCAUGGCUAUCCACCUCGAACGACAAGAAACCCGUCUUCACACUCGCCCACCAAGCCGGCUACAUAUUUAGCUGGCCGUACGGCAAGGACGCAAUCCUGCGCUUCGACACCCCAGACGGCAGCGAAGCCAGCGAGGACAGCUUGUACGACAUCUUGACUGGGCGAACACCGGUGCCGAGAUUACCUGAUAGCGAUGAUCCGGCCCUGGAUGAUAGUCUGCUGGCGGAGCAACAGCUUGUCAGCGAAGAAGAAGGGUAUAGGAUGAGCUUCGAGGACACGUUCAGAGGCAAGAUGAGAGAGGACAUAGCGCAGAGGAGAGGGGGGAGUAUGCUAGAUGAGAGUGGGUUGGAUGAGAUGUUUUGAGCUCGCCUUCACAUGUACAGAUUUUAGAUGCGGGCUAUGGCGUACGGUGUUGUAAUUUCGACCUGGAACAACGAGAUACCCUUUGCCUCCUUUCCACAAUCCAAAACUAUACAAACCUUGCACUCCCCGGAUUCUUGACUCGUCUUCGCCACCCUGCAUUACCGAACAUAGCAACUCCCCCAAAAUUCAUCGAAAGCCUCUGCGAAAAGGGCCGCAACCGCGAAAAAAUCCUCUGAUCCACUUUCCCGUUCCAGCAACAUUCUGAUUCCCAUCGAAAACAGGUGGCGUAAGAAGGCCCCCGUCUGCCAUCCUUCAAUCCAUAUCAGGCGCUCCACUGCUGAACUUGCCUGAAAUAGCAACUCUUGAGUCUGACGAUCACGGUGCGCUAGAAUUGCCCUCCCCAUGCAUCA